CACCUCAAAACAAAACCUAGGGUUAGAACUUCUUCAUACCUCACUCCCCUUUCUCCAUUUCUCGCCGCCGCUAAAAUGGGUCGUGUCAUCCGUGCCCAACGUAAGGGAGCAGGUUCCGUUUUCAAAUCCCAUACGCACCACCGCAAAGGCCCCGCCCGUUUCCGUUCCCUCGACUUCGGCGAGCGCAACGGUUACCUCAAAGGAGUCGUCACCGACGUCAUCCACGAUCCAGGUCGCGGUGCUCCUCUUGCUAAGGUCACUUUCCGUCAUCCCUUCCGUUAUCAGAAACAGAAGGAGCUUUUCGUUGCUGCUGAGGGUUUGUAUACCGGUCAAUUUAUUUACUGCGGUAAAAAGGCGACUCUUGUUGUUGGUAAUGUUUUGCCUCUUAGAUCUAUCCCUGAAGGUGCUGUGAUUUGUAAUGUUGAGGGUCAUGUUGGUGACCGUGGUGUUUUUGCUAGAGCUUCUGGUGAUUAUGCUAUUGUUAUCAGUCAUAAUCCUGAUAAUGAUACUUCUAGGAUCAAGCUUCCAUCUGGUGCAAAGAAGAUUGUUCCAAGUGAUUGCAGGGCCAUGAUUGGGCAAGUUGCUGGUGGUGGAAGAACCGAGAAGCCAAUGUUGAAGGCUGGUAAUGCUUACCACAAGUUCAGAGUGAAGAGAAACUGCUGGCCUAAGGUUCGUGGUGUUGCUAUGAAUCCAGUUGAGCAUCCCCACGGAGGAGGUAAUCACCAACAUAUUGGUCAUGCGAGUACUGUCAGACGUGAUGCUCCUCCUGGACAGAAGGUUGGUCUCAUUGCUGCCAAGAGGACUGGUCGUCUCAGGGGUCAAGCUGCUGCAAGUGCUGCUAAAGCCGAUAAAUAAGCAGUUUAGAUUGUUAAGAUUAUAUUCUAUUGCUUGUUUUCCAAUUUUGUUUCUUGUUAAACUGUUGUGUUGUUUUGAGAACCAUUUUCCCCAAAAAUUAUGGAGCUUUUGUUAGACAGCAUUUUAUAUUUUGUUACAUCUAUCUUGCAGUUUGUCUCUGGUUUACUUGAUAUUUGUUUGGAAAGGUUAAAUUGCCAAUUUUUCAA